AUGGCUCCCAGGACAGGUGCUGAGGCCCCACUCGGAUCUGGGCUCUGUUUGGGGGUUGAAUGCCAAGUUGGCCACCUAACCUUAGUUCUGAUGCCCUUUGUCAGUGUCCUGGUGACGUGGCUUGAGGCUGCUAAACUCACCGGGGGGUUCCAGGCCCCCUGGAACAUCUCCCAUCCAUUCAAUGUGCAAAGGCUGGGUGCCGAACUCCAGAUUGCCGUGGACAAGAUCAACUCUGAGCUGGCAGACUUCGGAAAUUUCAGCUGGGAGUUUACUUACACCAACUCAACCUGCAGCGCCAAGGAGUCUCUUGCUCUUUUCAUCAACCAGGUCCAGAAAGAAGAAAUUUCUGCCCUGUUUGGACCAGCAUGCCCAGAAGCAGCAGAGGUUAUCGGUUUGCUGGUCCCCAUGUUUGACUUUGUUGGACAGGCAGCAAAACUGGAGAACAACUUCUUGUAUGACACCUAUGUGAAACUUGUGCCACGCAUGCACAGAGUCGGUGAUGUGCUCCAGAAAAGCCUCCAGUACCUGGGCUGGAAACACAUUGGGAUGUUUGGAGGUCACUCUGGGACUUCCUCCUGGGAUGGAGUGGAUGAGUUGUGGAGGGUCGUAGGGAAUGAACUCAAAUCCCAUUUCACCAUCACCACCAGCAUGAAAUACACCAACAACAAUCCAGCCUUCCUUCAAAAGAAUCUUAGGAGCCUGUCAUUGAUUUCCAGGGUUCUUAUCUUAAUCUGCAGCUCAGAAGGUGCAAAACUUAUCCUGCCGGCUGCAGAGAACCUGGGACUCCACACAGGAGAAUUCGUCUUUAUCAUUUUGCAGCAGCUGGAGGACAGUUUUUGGAAGGAGGUAUUGACAGAUCAGAAGGUGAUGCACUUUCCCUCAGUCUACAAGUCAGUGAUUCUCAUAGCCCUCAGCUCCUCCCGAGAAGGCCCUGGAGAUGAAGGUUUCCGAGAGCAGGUCCACCGAAGGCUGUGGGGGCCGCCCUUCCACGGCCCCCUCCACAUGCUGGAGCAGGUGAGCCCUUACUCUGCCUACUUUCACGAUGCAGCCCUGCUGUAUGCUGAGACCGUGAAGGAGAUGAUAACGGCCAGAAGGGAUUUCUGGGAUGGGCGGCAGCUCGUCAUCACUCUGAAAGGCUCCAAUCGGACUGCUUUGCAGGGAAUCACCGGCCCUGUGUUUGUGGACUCCCAGGGAGAAAGGCGCAUGGAUUACUGGGUCUAUGCCCUACAGAAAUCCCCAAACGGGUCCCUCUUUCUUCCUUUUCUUCAUUAUGACAGCUAUCAGGAAGUCAUCAGCUGGGCAGGUCCCACAGCCCCAGUGUCUCAGGGAGAGGCCCUGGCCCUGGGUGAUGAUGGAGCACAGCGCCUCCUACAGGAUCAGACCCAUGGGGAAUUUCUUCGCGGUUCCCUUCCUGAAGACAGACGUGGCUGUGGAUUUUCCAAUGAGCUCUGUGAAACUGAGCCUGCUUUUGCAGAUCAGUUAACGAUAUGCCCUCCAGGUGUGACUGCUGUGAUUUUCACCGUAACCCUCCUGAUUACCAACCUGGGAGUUGUCAUCAUAGGUCUGAUUUUAAGGAUACAGAGGGGGAAACUGCAGAGGCAAAAUAAAGAUCUUUGGUGGCAAAUCAAUUAUGAUGACAUCACCAUUCUGUCCCAGAACAAGCCAUCCCGGAGAGGCACACCUGUGUCGAGAGGGAACAACAGUAACUCAUCUAGUGUGAUGAUUUCUGGGGACUUCAGCUCCUUUGUUGAGAACCAGCAGGGUGAAGAGCUCUUUUAUGCUCCAGUAGGGCUUUACCGGGGAAACCAUGUGGCCAUCUGUGAUGUUGGUGACCAAGUGCAAGCCUGGGUCAGGAAGCCGUCUGUGCUGCAGGAAAUCCGGCUGAUGUAUGAAUUAAGGCAUGAAAACAUUGUUCCCAUCUUUGGUAUCUGCACAGAAUCACCCAACAUCUGCAUUGUCACCCAAUAUUGCAAAAGAGGAAGCCUUAAGGAUGUUUUGAGAAACUCAGGCAAUGAAAUUGAUUGGAUAUUCAAGCUCUCAUUUGCAUAUGACAGAGUCAACGGCUUGCUGUUCCUCCACAGGAGCCCACUGGGAUCCCUUGGCAACCUGAAGCCUUCCAACUGCCUGGUGGACAGACGGAUGCAGGUGAAGCUGUCAGGAUUUGGGCUGUGGGAACUCAAAUAUGGCCGGAUGUACAGAACCUAUAACGAGAGAACGACGGACCGCUCGGAAAUGUUUUGGAACUAGGUAGAGGUGAGCUCUGCUGGACGGCUCCCAGAGGCGCCCCCGUCGGGUACCCUGAAGGGAGACGUUUACAGCUUUGCCAUCCUGAUGAGGGAGAUGAUCCACCACCAGGACCACGAACAUUUUGAUGAUCAAAACCUGGCACCAGAGGAAAUCAUCAGCUGGAUCAAGGACCCCAGGGCAUCAGUGCCACUUCGACCUUCCCUGUCAGAAGAGAAGGGAAAUGAAAAGAUGGUGGUCAUGGUGAAGGCAUGUUGGGAUGAAUCUCCAGAGAAAAAGCCCACUUUCCCUUCCAUCAAGAAAAUGUUUUGGGAAGCCAGUCCCAGAGGCCACGUGAAUGUACUAGACAGUGUGGUGAGCAAGCUGAAAGUGUACACCAAUCACCUGGAGGAGGUGGUGGAAGACAGGACCAACUAGCUGAUGGCCGAGAAGAGGAAAGUGGAUCAGCUUCUGUCCACAAUGCUGCCCAGCUUCAUCGGAGAACAGCGCAUAGCUGGAAGAGCCGUGGAACCAGAGCAUUUUGAGUCCAUGACAAUCUUUUUCUCUGACAUUGCUGGAUUCACACAACUCUGUUCUCUCAGCUCCCCGCUGCAACUUGUGCAGCUCCUUAAUGACCUGUACAGUUUAUUUGAUCACAUCAUUGAAACCUAUGAUGUGUAUAAGGUUGAAACCAUUGGAGAUGCAUACAUGGUGGCUAGCGGACUUCCCAUCUGGAAUGGUACCCAACACGUGGACGAGAUUGCCACGAUGUCCUUGCACUUCCUCAGUGCCACCAUCCACUUCCAGAUUGGGCACAUGCCUGAGGAAAAGCUUAAGCUCUGGAUUGGCCUCCACACAGGUCCCAUAGUGGCUGGCGUGGUAGGAAUCACCAUGCCCAGAUACUGUCUGUUUGGAGACACUGUGAACAUGGCAUCCAGAAUGGAAAGUAGCAGUUUGCCUCUCCGGAUUCAGGUCUCUCAGAGCACUGCAGGCACCCUGCUGGCGUUGGGAGGGUGUGAUUUGCAAAAGAUUGCAUUCCAGUCAAGCAAAGGCAAAGGAGAACAAACAACCUUCUGGUUGAAGGGCAAAGAAGGCUUCACUAUUCCACUCCCCGAAUUUCCUGAGGAUGAAGCUAAAGUCCCAGAGAUCUUCUGA